AUUGAAUAUACAUAUAUUAAGAACAUAUAUAUACUAUAUAUAUAUUUAUGAAGUAGCUUUUUUCGGUCAAUAGUAACUAAUCUUUCAUAAUGUACGCAUUUUUUGGUCUUUUGAUUGCCUCUUUGGCAGCAAUCAGUCAUGCUGGAAAUCCUCAAAUCGUCGGUGGGACUGAUGCUAUAGUCGGAGAACAUCCUUAUAUGGUAUCUUUAAGAAAUCAAAACAAGCAUUUUUGCGGCGGAUCUAUUAUCUCUAAGCGUUACAUUCUCACCGUGGCUCACUGUCUUAUGCUGAUUAACGAUCCCAGUGAUCUGAAAGACAUAACAGUUCAUGCGGGCACAAAUCUUUUGAGUGAAUCCGGUAAUGUUUAUCAGAUUGACGAAGCCAUUCUCCAUCCUAAUUUUAAUUUGUCUUUACUUGCCAACGAUAUUGGAUUGCUCCACUUAAAAACUGACAUAGAAUAUAAUAAAUUAGUGCAACCAAUCUCUAUCGCAAAGACAAAUUCCGUCCUGGUUGGCGAUCCUUGCUUCUUAACAGGAUGGGGAACACUCGAGGUAAAAGAAAUGUUCUUAGGCAAAGUACCUGAUAAGCUACAAAAAGUUGAUCUAAAAGUUUAUUCGCAAUUACAAUGUAAAGUUGCAUUCGAGAAUAUAGUCAUAUUAAAAGACAGUCAUAUUUGCGCAUUUGCAAAAUAUGGCCAAGGAGCCUGUCAUGGUGAUUCCGGUAGUCCGCUUGUUUCUAAUGGCAUUCAAAUCGGCCUUGCCUCGUUUGUUCAACCAUGCGCUGUAGGAUAUCCAGAUAUAUACACCAGGACGUCCUCUUUCAUAGACUGGAUCACUCAACACACCAAUACUGAAUAAUAAAAUAUUAAUUAUUAUUUUAUUUGAAAUUAAAUAUCACCGGUUUUUUCCUUUCAACUUAUAAUUAAUAAAAAUAAUAUAAUUAUUUAUUUUAAAACUGUAUCAUCUCUCUAAAAAAGUAGUAUGUUCCGAUAAAAAUUAAAAUGUAAACGCGAGAAAGAAAUAAAAUGCGCUUAAUGCACUAAUAUGCGCUUAAAUAAAAACUCGUUUUAACUAA